GUCAGUGCGAAGCUGUCACGCGUGGAGAGCAGUCUGGGACUCCAAAUUUGAAAUUUCUUGAAGUCAUCGUCUUCACGAUCAGAAAUAAUGAUACUGCUUUCGAUUCUUUGCACCUGCUUUAUAGCGGUUUGUUCCAGUUUGACAAAAAACCCCAUCAGCGCAAGCACAUCAGGGUUCUUACCUUGUGAUUGUCGUGCUAACGUGAGAGUCAGUAAAGGUGGCAAUGCAAGCAUCACGUGUUACAACAUCUCUAACCCAUCAAGUAUCAAAGCUCGAAGGUGGGACAUCAUCAAAGACAACAUGUUUGAAAAAAACAAUUCGAAUGUCAUUAUUGCUUUGGAAGGAACCGAAAGGAAGAUGGAAAGCAACGAAAAUGCAACGUUAUUGUUUAACAGGGAAAACAGUUCUUUAACGCUUGUUCUGUACAACGUGGAGAAAUCAGGAACUUACGGGUUUCGGAUUGAGGUUGAAGACGACAGAGACUUGAUAAAGCCAGACGAAUGUAAGACUGAUGUAGAAGUGACAGGCCAAGCAGCGUCUUCAGAGGUAGUAGACCAUAUAGUUGAGACACCACGGAAGGCGUAUUGGUGGGUCUUUUUGGCCGUUGCGCUUCUCCUCGUGAUGGGCGUCUUGGCUGCAAUGUCUCAUAAGAUAAAAAAGAGGACUCCUGUGUAUAAACCUGGCCAUGUAGACAGUGAGGAGGAGGUCCGUUUGGGAGAACCUCUUCCUGAUCACCAGCCUUCCAUGGUUUGAUACACGUUCUUCAUGGCAGAGAACCAUAAAUCAGAGACUCCGAGGAUCUCCUGGUGGGAUCACCCUCAUUUUAUAAAUCUUGUGUAUAUAAUGAAAUUUUUAACAAGCUUUGUUCAACCAACACAGAACCAGAGCUGUACCUGAUGAUAAGCCAUUAACCUAA